AUGAAUGUGUUUUUACUCCCAUUGGCUACGUCUAAUCAAUUGCAAGUGAUGUUGAACAAAUUCUGGUGGAGUGGUGGUAUGGAUGAUCGGCGAGGUAUUAAUUGGCUGGCGUGGGACCGUAUGUGUGUUCAGAAAGGGGAUGGUGAUAUGGGUUUCCGUGAUCUGCGGUGCUUCAAUGCUGCGUUGUUGGGUAAGCAGGGGUGGAGGAUUUUAUCCGACACAAACUCUCUUCUAUAUAAUGUGCUCAGAGCAAAAUAUUUCCCAUCGGGGGAUUUUAUGUCAGCUUCGUUAGGUUCUAACUAUAGCUAUGUUUGGAAGAGUGUUCACUCAUCUCAACAACUGUUGGUGCGGGGUACUCAUUGGAGAGUGGGAGAUGGUAGAAGCAUUUUUGUUAAGAAUAAUCCUUGGUUGCCAAGUGAUUCAAAUUUUGUGCCGAAUGAUCCUAUGUUCAUUGAUGAUGCCAUGCAUGUUAGUGAUAUGUUUGUGCCUGGAGAGUUGCGGUGGGAUUUGGAGAAGGUGUUGAAUAUUUUUUCCAUGGAUGAUGUGCGAUCUAUUCUAGCUAUUCCUUUGCCACUUAAUCCUAAACCGGAUAAGCUUAUUUAG